AUGGAUGCCAUUUUCGUUUCUCGUCGCCGUAAUCAAAUAAAUCGUCGUCGUCGGCGGCGGCGGCAACAAAAACGACAACAAUUUCAGGUCGUUUUUCGUGUUCGUGGUUUGUUCGGUGGUGGCAGUGAUACGGUCACCGUAACAAGUGCCAGUCCACUGACCAUCACCGUCAAUCCAGCACCAUCAUUGGUGGCUCCUCCUCCACCGCCACCACCUGCUGCUCCAGUACAACAACAACCAUCCGAUCAUCCUGAUUAUAGUCAACUUGAUAUUGACAACUUACCAAGUUGUGUUGUUGAAUAA